GAAGAAAAUUCUUAGAUUAUUGAUUGAUAAAUUGAUUGAACUUCCGUGAGCAUUUGAAUGCCAUGCUCCUUUAUUUGAUGGCAAACAUCAAAAAACAGCAAGAGGCCUCAAGGACAUGGAUGAGGUUGCUAUACUGCCAGUGUUAUCAAUAUGCCAUUCCCCCUGCCAUUGCACCAUCACUAUCCUCUGUGCUGUAUUUCUUUUCUCCUGGGGAUAUUUUGGGAUAUUUAUCUGCAUAAUUUAUAUGUGAUGCAAUAAGGGGGGAGCUUCUAUCGCACCCCGAAAAUUUCUCUCCACACCCACCUUCAUUUAUACUCAACCAAUUCAAAAUUAUGAAAAUUCCUGUCUACAUUCCCCAAUAUCUUGAAAAUAUCUCCAAUUUGUCUCCUUAACCUCCAACAUAGCAUACCCUUCAACUGCCACGGACCCUCCACUUCCCUCCCAUCUAGACUCCUCCAGAACUCCUCGAACCUUCUCUCCCCUCUUCCUGCACCCACCGCCUCCAAUUUUCACCUUCACCUUAGGAGUAUACGCAAAAAAAAAAAUUUACAGGGGCAGGGGUGGGGGGUGGUGGCAGGAGAAGGUAGCUGGAUUGGGAGCAUAGAAGGAAGUGUUAAAUUGGUAUUAUUGAAUUUUUAUAUAGUGGGUUUGUGGAGAAAGAUUUAUAGAAGUUCUUGACUGAAGUAGCUCUGGAAGGAAAAGCUGUCAAAUAUAUUCUCGUCAAGUAAUUACUUAAACCUAACUAAAUGCUUACCUAUCUUCAAUGAAUGCAUACAUAAGAGGUCCAAUGAGAGUCUUUAGCUUUUUAUGCAAAUUUAUUUAUUUAUUUUUUAUUUUUAAAUGAAAGACUAUUAUGAGAUUUUAGAACAUGCUUGGUAAGUGAUUCGAACCCACGUAGUAAUUGAAGCCACGAAACUCACACAAGAUUGAUUUCAAACCCAAGAAAGCUAAGAAACCAAGGUUUUGAGUUUGACCCACAAAUAUUAAACCAAGAAACCAACAAUCACCAACAAUAUGUUGAUCUCUUGAUCACAAGAUUUAGAAUUCUCAUUCGGAAAGUUUGAACGCCACAAGAAUCAGAUCUUGAUAAGUUCGGAAUUGUACAAUGAAGAAGAAAGAAUUGAAAACAAAUAUUGCUUACAAAAUAAUCUCUCAAUUGAUAAUGAUGAUGAAUGUUCUUUACAAUUAAAUAAUGAGUUCUAUAUAUAGGAAACUUAAUAAAACCUUAGCCUAAACGAAAUUAAAGUCUAAUAAUUACAAAAGUUACCAUAAAAAAAUAGAGUUUUAACUUAAAUAAAAGAUUCGUGAAAAUUGGAAAUUUGUGUGAAGUUGCAUAGAAGUUUUCCUCCCUGCUGAAUUUUUUUGCCUACUUCUAUGUGGUCGCAUGGUAGGAAGGAUCAGUCCCUCCGUCUAUUGCAUGAACCAAGUUGUUUCGCUUCGUUUGUCUUUUGAGCUCAACGUGAAACUUGUUCUUUGGUAUGUUAACCUCAAUCUCUUGGACUCUGUCACUUGAACAAGUGGUUGCAUGGCUUUAUUGGCUCUAACUAAUCUCGAACUUGCCCUUAGCCUUUCCUCCACAAAUAUUGAACUCUUGAUAGCUCGUUGCCUUCCUUGCAUCACAUCAGGUUAUAAUCUUUGAAUCCUACAGAAUGUCCAGAUAUAAGUAGAUAGGAAGUUGUGGGUCUUAUGAAGUAUGUGGAUAAAAGUAUGUCUGGCCAACUUCAAAACGAGGAACCAUGAGACACUCCAUGCAGAGCAAGCAAGUCUUAGGGCCCGCGCAAGGAACUCAAUUCUCAUUAGGCGGUCGAACCAAGGACCUAUGAAAGUCGAGGAAGUUAAGCUUUGCCAAACAUGCUCUUCACUAUUUUUAGUCGGUGAAUUACUUUGUUGUGCUAUGCCCUUUGUAAAUAGUAGUUGUGUUACUUCGUCCUAUUAUGCUUUCAGAUGCCUAAAGUCUACGAUUUUCUGUUCUCAGGUGUGUAAUUGCUGAACUUUUUCUUGAAGGUCAACCAUUGUUUGAACUCUCUCAACUCCUUGCAUAUCGAAGAGGGCAGUGUGAUCCUAUUCAACAUCUGGAGAAGGUACCUUCUCAUUCAGAUAGCAGAUUCAGGAAUUCGUGAGAUGAUUCUUCAUAUGAUUCAAUUGGAUCCAGAGUCACGAAACUCUGCGAACAGCUACCUGCAGAACUAUGCAGGUGUUUUGUUUCCUGGUUACUUUUCUCCAUUUCUUCACAGCUUCUAUUCCUUGUUGAAUCCUCUAAACUCUGAUGCAAGGGUUCUAUUAUGCCAGACCUAUUUCCUAGAAAUACUGAGACAUAUGAUGGGCAAUCAGGCAAGCAAUGAGAUUGGUUCAGGAUUGGGAUGUUCCUCAAACGGUAGAAGUCAAUUGCUACAGAUGGAUGCAAAACAAAAGUUUAAUCGGGCAGAUGAAUCUCUGAGCCAAGGCGAACAGACAGAGAAGGGUUCAAUUCAUGAUCGAUUUGAUCUUCUUGGUGAUGUCAGUAUCCUGAUCAGAGAUGUAAAACACAGCGAGUGCCAUUCCAAUAUAAAGCCAAUGCCAGAUAAUGUAGCUGCUUCUGUAGAUUCCGAAAAUCAGAAGCAAUGUGGUCUGCAAUCUCCUGAUGAGCUAAUUCAAACCAUCUCUGACAUAUUUAAGCGAAGUCACCAUCCCUUCUUGAAAAAGAUUACCACCACCAAUUUGAGCUCUUUGAUGUCAGAUUAUGACAAUCAAUCGGACACUUUUGGAAUGCCGUUUUUACCAUUACCUCAGGAAGUUAUGAGCUGUGAGGGAAUGGUUCUGAUUGCCUCAAUGCUUUGUUCUUGCGUUCGCAAUGUCAAGUUGCCAUUUAUUAGGAGGGGUGCUGUUCUACUACUGAAGUCUUGUUCUUUGUAUAUUGAUGAUGAAGAUCGAUUGCAGCGAAUACUUCCUCAUGUUAUAGCUCUGCUUUCUGAUCCAGCUGCCAUUGUCCGUUGUGCUGCCUUAGAGACUUUGUGUGACGUUCUUCCUCUAGUUGGAGAUUUUCCUCCCAGUGAUGCCAAAAUUUUUCCUGAGUAUAUCCUUCCAAUGCUUUCCAUGAUUCCUGACGAUCCAGAGGAAAGUGUAAGAAUAUGUUACGCCAGUAACAUAUCUAAGCUUGCUCUGACUUCUUAUGGGUUCUUAAUGCACUCUGUAAGCUUGACUGAAGCAGGUGUUCUUAACGAAACAAAUUUAUACCAGAAGUUUCCAACACCAGACAUCAUGACUAAUGAACAGCCAAAGAGUCUAACUGCUGGAGGACAGCUUGCACAGUUGAGAAAAUAUAUUGCGGAGGUUGUUCAAGAACUUGUGAUGGGUCCAAAGCAAACCCCGAAUAUCAGGAGAGCACUCUUGCAUGAUAUUGACAACCUUUGUUGGUUCUUUGGACAGAGGCAGAGUAAUGACUUUUUGCUACCCAUUCUUCCUGCUUUCCUGAAUGAUCGAGAUGAGCAGCUUAGAGCAGUAUUUUAUGGGCAAAUAAUCUCUGUCUGCUUUUUUGUUGGUCAACGAAGUGUGGAGGAAUAUCUUUUACCUUAUAUUGAGCAGGCACUAAAUGAUACAACUGAGGCUGUGAUUGUCAAUGCAUUAGAUUGCUUGGCCAGGCUGUGCAAAAGUACUUUUCUGCGGAAGAGAAUCCUGCUUGAGAUAAUUGAACGUGUUUGCCCAUUGUUAUGUUAUCCUAGUGAAUGGGUAAGAAAAUCAGCUGUCACCUUCGUUGCAGCUUGCAGUGAGAGCUUAGGUGCAGUGGAUUCUUACGUAUUUCUGGUUCCGUUUAUACACCCUUUCCUCUGUAGGCAACCAGCAUCUCUAGCCUCAGAAAAAUCUCUCUCUUCGUGCCUGAAGCCGCUGGUCUCUAGAGAGCUGUACUAUCAAGCUGUAGAAAAUUACAGAAGUUCAGACAUGCUGGAGAGACAGAGAAAGAUAUGGUACAAUAACUCAUCACAGUCUAAGCAAUUGGAAGCUGUAAACUUUCUCCAGAAGACAGCCAAGGAGUUAGAUCAAAUGGAGUGUUGGUCUGAUGGACUAAAUGAUAAUCAAAUGCAGACAUUUCUUAGUAGCACAAUGCAUCAAAUGUGUGCAACAGAUUCUGAUGAUAAUGAGGGUAAGUCGAAAGCUAUUGGAAGCUUAAUAAAAGAUUCCUCAAGCCUGUCAGACACCCACGAAUUUGUUGCCUCAGAAAAGUUACAUUUCUCCGGUUUUAUGUCACCACAUAUUAGUUGCACGAACAGCUUUAUAGAUAAAUCACCAGAAGGCAUACCUUUGUACUACUCUAAGGUUGAGAAUGAGGGAACAACAGGCACUGGCUCAGUGGCAUCUGAUUCUUCCCUGCAAUAUAAUUCUCUAGGUUAUAGUUCUUCCUCCUUGCCUUGGAUGGAUCCAAUAAAUAAAUCAUUUUGCUUAUCCAAUUCUGUUCCAGAUCCUAAUCUUGUCUCUGGGUCAAUACAUGAUGGUAAUGGCCCCACACAAUUGCAGAGAGUCAUGCAUGUAGUAGAAGACAGAGAGAAUGAUCAAACAGGCUGCAAUAAUAACAAAUAUCGUGAAAUGGGGGUGUCUGGUGCAAUAAAAGGCAGUUCUCUCAUAAUGGAAGAUAACUCCACUUCUACUGAAUCGACAGAGUUGUCAUCUUUUGCGUGGCCAUCUACAAUUCCUGAUUCAGGGUGGAAACCUCGUGGGGUGUUGGUUGCACACCUCCAGGAGCACCGCUCUGCUGUCAAUGAUAUUUAUAUGUCAAUGGACCAGAACUUUUUUGUCAGCGCGUCUGAAGAUUCUACUGUUAAGAUUUGGGAUUGCAUGAAGCUUGAGAAGGACAUCUCAUUUAGGUCAAAGCUAACUUAUUCCUUAGGUGGAAGUCGAGCACUUUGUGUCACUGUGCUUCAAGGUUCUUCUCAAGUUGUCGUUGGAGCAAGUGAUGGGAUGUUACAUGUGUUCUCUGUUGAUCAUAUCUCUAGGGGUCUAGGCAAUGAUAUGGAGAAGUAUUCAGAUAUUACUGAUGUGGAAAAGAGUGGUGUUGGAGAAGGUGCUGUACUAAGCCUUGUGAAUUACGGUUCAGAUAGUGGUACAAGGAAAAUGAUACUGUACAGCACCCAAAAUGGUGGGAUCAAUCUAUGGGAUACAAGGAUGAGUUCAAGUGCUUGGAACACAAAAGUGUUACCCAAGGAUGGCUAUAUAUCAUCUCUUGUAGCAGACCCUUGUGAGAACUGGUUUGUGUCUGGAUCAUCAAGGGGCGUGCUUAUGCUUUGGGAUCUGAGGUUCUGUAUACUCGUAAAUUCAUGGAAAUAUUCCCUUGAGUGCCCUAUUGAGAGAAUGUGCCUUUUUAUUCCUCCUCCUGGUACACCCUUGUCAGCUGCGACAAGGCCACUAGUUUAUGUCGCAGCUGGUUGUAACGAAGUAUCUCUUUGGAAUGCAGAAAAUGGGAGUUGUCACCAGGUAUUUAAGGCAGCAAACAAUGACUGCAAUGCUGAAUAUUCUGAGUCACCUUGGGCCUUGGACAGAACUUCUAGUAAGAUAAAUAAUAAAUUGGACAUAAAGAGAAAUAUAAAUUCAAAAUACAAGAUUGAUGAGCUAAGUAAACCUUCCUCACGUCUUCCUGGUAUCCGUGCAUUGCUUCCACUGCCUAGUGGAGAUCUGUUAAUGGGGGGUACUGACUUGAAGAUACGUAGGUGGGACCAUUACAGCCCCAACCAGACUUACUGUGUCUGCGGACCAUCCAUCGAGGGAGAUGGAAAUGAUUAUAUUUAUGAGACAAAAUCUAGCUUUGGAGUGCAAGUUGUGCAGGAGACAAGAAGACAACCUUCAUUGACCAGGUUGACUAGAAAAGCAAUUCUUGCUGCUGCCGUUGCUGAUUCUGCAGGAUGUCACCGGGAUUCUAUACUAUCUUUGGCUUCUGUGAAAUUGAACCAAAGACUUCUAAUAUCGAGCGGUAGAGAUGGAGUCAUAAAAGUUUGGAAGUAAUGGAUCUUAACAUACUCGUAGUUCUUGUACAUUGUAAGUUACAGUUUAUGUUGUAUAUUAUAUUUUAGAAAUACAUAGUAGAAUUUGUUAACAUAAUUGAACUUAUGUUUCUGUCCCUUGCCACAAUAUCAAAUUGCAGCUUGAUUGUACAUUUACUAGAAUUCUGUAGCAAGAAUUUUUAUCCUUGUGAAAAGGAAAGGAUCCUGUUUCUAGCAUUGAUGAGGCUAUCUAUUCUCUGUAAACUUGUUUUGCAAGGCUC